UGAGAAUCGGACAGUAAUGUGAAUUUUCGAAUAAAAAAGAAUAAACAGUUGAAAUAUUAAGCGUUAAAAAGACGGUCGUGCAUAGGCAGGAGCGCAGUUUUAAAAUUAACGUGUGAAUUAUAGAGAAGCGACCGCAAAAAAGAGAAAGAGAGAAAGAGAAAUGUGUGCGCGCGCUUAUCUAUUGCCUUGCUUACUCACUUCGCAAUCCAAAAUCAGAGAGAAUUGAGUCGGUUGACGAGAAGAGUAGCGUAGUUGUGAACGCAGUCAUUAGAACGCAGUUGAGAACGCAAUAGGAAAAUUGUGUGUGCUCUGACUGUCGCACCGGGUGUGUGUGAACUUUAAAUGGAGAAAAUAUAUUUUUAAUUUAUCCCGUGUCGUGUGUGUCGUUUCGUGGACACAUUUAUUCAUUGUGUGUACAGCAGUUACUCAUCAUACACAAAAUAUCAUAUAGUUCGAAGCAAAAAAAGAAGAAAACCAAAACUGCAUUCGCUGUGCACACAACGUAAUAAGAAGAAAGUUGAUCUUUUUUCCGCUGCAUAAAUUCUUUUAUUUUGAUAAAUUGCACGCAGUUUGUCAUCAAUCUUUUUUGAAAGCAAAAGAAGUGAGUGAAAAAACGGUUGUGUGCGUGUUCAUGUGAAUCUUUCUUCGCCGUAACAAAAAAAAAGUGCAUGUGAUUUUGAUAGAAACGGACAGUGCGCUGUGGCUAUUUCUUUCACAUAAAAAAAAAUUUGCCGAAGAGAAGAAAGAACGAAAUAAAAGUCAAACAACACAAGAUAUUUUCAAUUUUUUUUUGUUCCUUUGUUUGCCUGACUUGCGAAAUUCUCGCGAACCAAAAUUGGUGUGAAUGCCAACAACGUUUUGCGACGAUACAGUUUUAUAUAUAUUAAGUAAGAAGCCAGCGACGACCAAAACAUUUUUUGAAUUAGUCAUCCUCAUCAGGAAAGUGAAAGCGAGCACUUAUUUUUAAUAUAUAUAUAUAUUUAGGCGUACAAUGAGCUCGAAGCAACAACAACAAACGAAGGCACCGACCACAGAUAAAAAUGUGGUCGAGACAGCCGAUGCAACCAUUGACGAUGAUAAUAAGAGUGAUAGCGAGUACGAGUACGAAUACGAAGAAAUCGAGGUUGAAGUCGACGAUGAUUAUGAAGAAGAAACGGGAAGCAAGGUGAUGAUUUCUGAAGUCGAGACAAUUGUGCCGAAGGAGGAAAAGAAACCUCAGGAGACGCUUGUCUUGAAAUCGGAUGGUACGACACAGAAAUUGAUUCAAAAAUCAAAGAUUUCACGAACGUCAGUGAGUCAGGAUAAACAAGUGAAGACAAUUGUUAAUCAAGAGAGACAGAUGAAACAGGAAAAAAAAACAAAAGUGGAAAAAGUUGAGAAAAUGGAUAUGGUCAACGAUGCGGAAAAGCAAGAAUUGAGUGAUAAACCACGACUGGGUCGAGCAUUGACGAGUCAAGAAGAAUCAAUUUUGUUGCCGCUGCUCCAAGGAUUGUUGGCUGCAAAUGGAAACGAUUCACCAAAGGCAAAACCAGAGAAUUCAUCAUCGCAGAAUAAAGAACCAUCCACGAGCAACAAGAAUAGUCGAUCCAAUUCGCUUGUCAAGAAAAACGAAAACAGUGAAUUGGCAGAAGGAUCUAAUAUUCUUGUUGAAUUAUCGACAGCAUUGAAUAGAUUACAAAAUACAUUGUUAGAGGAAAAAGAAGUGGUAACCGAUACACGGAAACGGAAUACAAUUUUAACGCUUGUUGCGUGGUUAAAACGUGUCUUACAAACGUCGACCACCGACAAUACUGAAGCGCAGCUGUUUUCACUUAGUGAAAUGUUGCCAACCGAAUUAUUGCUAAGCAAACUCAUGCCACAGCUCACCAAUGGCAAUGAUAAUGAAAAAGAUGGACCACAGCAAGACAAUCGCUCCCCGUCAUCGAAACGUUUUUCACGACAGAAAAACAAUCGCUUUAAUACGGUUGGUGUGAGCAAAGAAGAAUUGGCCGAUGCUCGAUUGUAUUUGCAAAAGAAACUUUUAUCGGAAAAUCUUGCAACGUCCGCCUCGAAAGUGGUGCAUGAAAAAGAGCAACAAGCAAUUCUCGAUGAUGAUGAUGAUAGUCGACGAAAAUCAUUGAACCUGACCUAUUCGAAUGAUUUGGAUAAAGAUAUUCGCAGCAUUUUUCGUGAGAGUAAAAACUCAUUUUCAAAAUCGAUUGAUCUUGUGCCAUCGCCAGAUGAUGUGAAUCUGAAACAUGUGUUCCCAGUAACACGAAUUGAACAAACGAAAACGUCUCCGUCGGCACCAACAACAACAUCAGCCACACGAAUUGAGCAAACGAAGUCGGUAUUCCGACGCAAAUCGAAUCCAAAUUUAAAUAACGCCACAACCGAUUCAGACGACGACGAACCAAAUAACCGAAAAUCAAACGGUUCAAUUACCAAUUCAACCAAAUCUAUGAACAAAUUUGCAUUACGUAAAAUAAAAAUGAAACGGGCCAAUACAAUUGAUAUACCAAAAGAGCAAUUGGCCGAAUUGAAUUUGAAUCACAAUUUCUCCGAUUCGGUACAACAAAAUAACUACGCACAUGAUAAAACAGUGAAUGAUAUUCGUCAAAAUAUUACGUCGAAUGUUAACAAUGAGCUGGAUAAAAAUCAUUUGCCCGAAUUUCAAGUGAAAUCAUCGAAUGAUAAAAAGUUUAUGGCAUUUUUGAAUAAGAAUUCAGAUGAAAAUCAUAGCAGCUAUGUGAAUCCGUUGAAAACAGCAUUGCCCGUGCAAAAAGCCAAUUGGACUAAUAAAUUUGGCAAUUUGAAAAACUCAUUCGAACACAACGAUGCACCACAAUUGCCUGUGUCGCCGAAAUUGAGCAAAAAGAAUAGCUUUACACAUGCACCCACAUCGCCGUUUAAAGUGGUUCAAAGUAAUAAACCACCACAAGUACCAAAUGGCGUUCAUCAUCAUCAGUAUAACAGUCAUAGUGUGCACAAUAAAGUUGCCGCCUUUCAAGCACUCGAUAACAAAGGACAGCCGCCGCUAGCAAAUCCGAAACCACAACUUCGCACCCAUCAAUCGGUACCAUCAUAUCCAACCGAAGAUAAAACGUUUUCAAUGUACCGUGAUCCAAAUGUACAUGUAAAGCCAAACGAAUGGCAACAAAAUAAAUACGCAUCGGUCGAUAGUUACAUCCAAAAUAAUACCGUCUCGCCAAAAAUAUCGCAAACAUCAUACAAUCCACUCUAUGUGCCAUUGAACAAACAAUCGCCAUUAAGUCCGACAUCACCACAAUCAAAUCAAAUAACACCGAAACCAAUGAUUACAGCAUCACCAAGUGAUUUUCCAACGUAUACAUACACCUCCACUGAUUACACGCAACCAACGUGCGUAUCAACAUUUGGACCGGAAUCGGUUGUAUCGCCAAUUCAGAAUGUUACUUCGCCGGUGAUCAAAAAUACAUCGCCAGUAAUUAAAACCACCAUUUUGCCGGAUACAAGUUAUUUAAAAUCAAAAUCACCGACCAAAAGUAUGCCACCACUGUUGGGCUCAUCGAGAUUGUCCAAACAAAUGAAAACAGUGGAUUUGUACAGUUCCAAUGAAUAUCUCUCUGAACCGAACACCUAUUAUCGGUCACCGCAACCAUUUUCACCGACCUACGAUUACAGCUAUCCAAUGAGUAAUCACGAUUCGCGACGUAGUUCUGGUGAAUUUAUGGCAACAUCACAAAUUAUGAAAUAUCCACAAUGUCAAACGGCAACCGUUGUGAAUAAAGUCACCACGCGAUACGAAGAUGAAAAACAAGCGGCUAAUUUACGAGCAUUCUUGACAAAUAAUCGCAAUGAAAAACGUAAAUCGGAAUACAGUGAAAAAUCAUCAGUGUCACCAUUGUCCGAACCGAACUUUAGCCAUGUUAAUGAAACCUAUGUACCGCCUAUGGAUCCCGGAAUACGCAUAAAAGCGAAUAAUAACUUUGUUUCGAUGGAAAAUAUUGGCUCUACACAGUUUGUAACACCAGAACAAGGAGCACCGAUUCGAUUGCGUAAUAAUACAUCUUAUUAUGGGUCACACAAUCUUCUGGUUUCAAAUCAAAAUGAAUUCAUACCGCCAAAAACACAACAACAAUUUCUGAGUAAAUUUGAUUCAAGCAAAACGAUUGACAAAUCGAAGUCGAUUGCGGCUCCGGUCCGAUUGAAUAGCUAUGGUGGGCAAUAUAUCCAACCGAAGGUUGAACAACAACUAGAUUUUAGUAAGCCCACGUACGGUAGAAAGCCCACGAAUGACAUUCAAAAUAAUGUGGUUAAUAAUAACAUAACGAAUCUGAGCCGAAGUAAUACCACCACACAUCAACGCGUUGCAAACUAUGAAGUUAAACGAAAACAAUCGCUUCCUGCACAAAAUUCCGAUUUCUUUGAGUCUGAAUUUGAUCAAUAUCAAAAUGCACAAAGUAGUAGUACUUAUUUACCAUUUGGUGCAUUGAAAAAAUCUAAAUCAACACAUACAUUGGCGUUGCUAAAACAAUUUGAAGAUAAAACGAAAACAGAAGAGGUUCCAUUGCCAUCGUAUAUUCGAAGACCAACGUUUGAGGUGCCCGAAACGAAACCGAUUGAAAUGAAACCCAAGUCAAUUAUUAAGAAAACACCGAAAAUUGAAGAUGCAAUACCGAUGCAAUCGCUUCCAAAACUAGUUCAACAACCGUCGAAGCCAAUUCAAUCAGUGUCAACACCGGCACCGCCCAUUCGAUCAAAGAGUCCACCACAAAUUGCACCAAUUUUACGAAAAAGUCCGCCAAAACUUGAACCGAUUGUAGCAAAGAGCACACCCCAGGUUCGACCAAGAACUCCAUCGCCACCGCCGCCUCCGAUUCGAAAGACUCCACCAAAGAGUGCUGUGGUUCGUCCUCCGCAAAAACUUCAAGCGCCCGAAAUUACCGAAACUCCAUCGUCACCACUUGUUGAAGAUGGUCAUAUCAUAUAUCCGGGUCAAACGGCCGAAACAAAGCGUCGUGUUCAACAUUAUGCACAAACACUCAACGCGAUGCUAAAUCGCAAAUCGAUUGUUAUGGAAGACGACGAGGAGGAGGUUAGUGAUAAAAAAGAAUCACCAAAGGGUGGUGUACAACGAUCAAAAUCUGGUACACUAUUGACCGUGCCAAAGCAAUACGAAAGUGCCAUUAAACGUUCAGAAGUUUUGGAAAAAGAACGAACUGUUGCUGCAUAUUUUGCGGGCAAUAAAUCACCGCAAGGUUUACAGCGUUCAUCAUCACAACACAGUGUACAAUCGUCGACGUCGGUGCGAACAGUUGAAGAGCAAAAAUCAAAUACCGUUUCACCCAUGGAAACGAACAAAGAUUCAAAAUUAACGGAAUUACGAGAAACAAGCAGUCGAACUACAACAACAACCACAAAAUCGGCGCAUCAUUUGAAAAUUUUGCGUAAUAACUUUAAUCAAAUUUAG